UUUGCACUCUCCGAGCCGGGGAAGCAGCGGGAGCGAGCCGAGACCGCCAGCCGCCGAACGCCGCCGGGACAUGCUCGCAGCCUGACUGACCGCAGGUGGCCGCCGCGCCCGGGACACGAAUGAAGAAGCAGCUUCUCCUCCUGUUCACACACCGGGGACUCGUCAGCCGAGGGGGCCGCAGGGGGAAGCGUCGCCGAAAAUGGCCUCGUUCAGCAUCCGCGCCGCGCGUCCCGAGGACUGUCCCGACCUGCUGCGACUGAUCAAGGAACUGGCGAAGUACGAGGACAUGGAGGACCAAGUGGUGCUAACUGAGAAAGGUACGGAGCCUGCAAGAGCUCACCCGGUUGGCGGCCGAGUGACAGCGCCUGUAGCUCAGGUGCGUGUGUAUUCUGCUUUUCUAGAGCUGCUUGAGGACGGUUUUGGCGAGCACCCUUUCUACCACUGUCUGGUCGCAGAAGUGCCGAAAGAUCAGUGGUCGUCUAAAGAAAUGUGCGUUGUGGGCUUUGCCAUGUAUUACUUCACUUACGAUCCAUGGAUUGGAAAACUGCUGUACCUUGAAGAUUUUUAUGUGAUGGCUGAGUACAGAGGACUUGGUAUUGGGUCAGAAAUUCUGAAGAACUUGAGUCAGGUGGCUGUGAAGUGCCGCUGCAGCAGCAUGCACUUCCUGGUCGCGGAGUGGAACGAACCCUCCAUCAGGUUCUACAAGAGAAGGGGCGCCUCAGAUCUGUCCACUGAGGAGGGCUGGAGGCUCUUCAAGAUUGACAAAGAGUAUCUCUUGAAGAUGGCAGCAGAAGAGUGAGAGAUUAUUCCAGCAAAUAAAUUCUUCCUGCAAAUAUAUGUGCUCUCUGAAUAAACUCCUUCUUGCUUCUAUGUAUGUACAGUUUGUAGUGGAAUAAAGUAGUGUGGAUGCUAAUAAUGGCAGUGCAGGUGUGGUCAUAGAGUAAUGGUACUGUGAUCUGGAGCUGAGGCAUCUGUGAAGUUCAGUAUGUGCUUGUGUGCAUCCUUUACCAGUGUGGGCUUGUAAUCCUUGUAUAUGGAAACUUCAUUCUUGUAAGUGUCAUUCAAAUGUGUACAAUGUACACACUGGUAGGGUUUGUUUUAAUUAUUGCCUUUUAUAAAAAUAAAAUAGUUUUCACUUCA